AUGGAACCAGAUACAACGAGGCGAAGCGCCUGUGAUCGAUGCAGAGGUCAGAAGCUGCGAUGUGUCCGGCUCCCAGGACCAGCCAGGGAGGAUUCACCCCGGUCGGCCAGGUCCGUCAAUCAACCCUGUGAACGCUGCAAACGGGCCAAGGUGGUAUGCUAUACGACAAAGCCGGUGUCUCGCCGGUUACCCCAGAGUUAUACUCGAAGAAGAAGCACGGCAUACGCAGACGACGUUAUGCACAGCGAAUUGGACUUAGAUGAAGGCAUGAUUGGAUCGAACAGACUUCGAGAUGAACCGACCAUUAAAAGAACGCCACCAGCCAUUGCCGACCGAUUAGCCCAUGACCCAUUCCCGACGGAACUAUGGUCAGGGCUGGAUAUCUCACAUGCAUCAUUGGAUUCCAGCGCUGUCCUUUCCCAUGUACCAGACCCUGGUAAUAUGGUGGAGAGUGCUGCUGCGCAAAGAGCGAAUAGCAACACAUUGCCAUCACACCAGCAUGGAUGGCCAGAAGAUCCCCACGGUGCCCUGAAUUAUUUUGAAGAGAGGGCGCACGAUCUUCCCGAUGUGAUGAGCGUAUCUAGUCCGACCGAUGUUAGAUUGGGUUUGGACACAGUAGAUCGCAGGCCAGCAGCGGCGACUUCACGGACCAACCAGGCCAUUCAUUCUGAUACUGUUAACAUGCAUUCCCAGGCCCCUGGAUCAGGUGAAACAAGCGAGCGUGGUUUAUAUUCGAGGGCCAGCAACACGGUCGCGGAUGCUGCACAGCUUUGCACGACACAGCUUUCAGAGCUCAACAUGCGAUUGAUGAAAGACAUAGAGAGCACUACAUCAUUUCGACAAGGUAUGAGCGCAGCUUCGGACCCAAAUUAUCCUGCUUCCGGGCUGGGAGAAACAAGCCCGUCUUCCUCCAUGGUAAAAUUCACGAAUACCAUGUUGGCAAACUGCCAAAGCUUUCUCGACAUAUUACAGCGUCUGCGGUCCCCAACCGUGGAAUUACGAGGAAGCUCCAACUCCGAAUGUUCUUAUGGUGAUCUCGAGUAUAGCUCCAAUGAAUACUCCUGCUCCCGAUCGCAAUCCCGAAACCACAGCACGUCAGCCUCGAGCCGAAGCAAGGACGGCCGUAUAUCCGCGGGUGGAGGCCUACAGAGUGUCCUAAACAGCGAUACUAUAGGGCUUUCACCAUCACUAGACCCUAUCAAGGCCGACUCCAGUGCUCUGGACUUUUCAGCCUUCCUAUCAAUUCUCUCCUGCUACACACACAUUCUUCGAGCUUACGAUGCCUUGUUCACUGAGAUUCUCGAAAUGCUCAUGGAAAGUUCUUGUAUCCAGCUUGAUUUGAAAAUUCACAACUUAGUCCCCGAGGUUUCCUUGGGAGGGUUCCGUCUGAGUGGCCAUGGCGACUUGCAGAUCAAAUGUCUUCUUCACAUGAGCUUCAUCAUACUAGAGAAGAUCGAGAGCAUGCUGGGGGUCAAUGCUCCUGAAAAGGAUCCCUAUGGAUCGAAUGGUGGUCUGUUGAACAACAGUCAGCUCAGAGGACUUCUGGAGGCUUUGUACCAUCAGAAGGAGUUUGAUUAUAUCAGAGCCGAUGGGACACGGGCAGCUCGUGUCAAGAAAACCAUGAAAAGUAUCCAGCGUAUUUUAGACUCCAUCUAG